AUGGCCACAAUGUCUGUUAUGAAGCCUCUUUGGCUCGCAUUAUGUUUGCUAUUCAACCUCGUAUUGGCCAAACCCUAUUCCCAGGCCUCCAAGGAGCAGUAUGAUGUUCUUCGCUACUUGUCUGCCCAUGGACCUUACGUUGAGGCCUCGGGAUUCGGCAUUGACCCCGCAGUCCCAUUCGGAUUGGAAGUCACCCAGGCUCACAUCCUCAUGAGACAUGGAGAGAGAUACCCCACCGUCGGUGCAGGGGAAGAACUCUAUGACCUUUACGAAAAGCUCAACAACACUAAAGUUCACUCCCACAAGGGACCCCUUAAGUUCAUCAAGAAUUGGAAAUAUAUUUUCCCAAACAGCAGUCUGGAAACAGAAUCCAGCAAGGGAGUCUAUGCCGGUUUGAAGAGGUGUCGUCUGGAAGGUGAAUACUUCAAGGAGAACUAUGGGCAUUUGUGGAACGGUUCUUCGGUUCUUCCAGUUUUUGCCGCCAGUCAGCCAAGAGUAGUUGCAAGUGCUGAAGCUUUCGCCAGAGGAUUCUUUGGAGAAGACCUCAACCUGACUGAAAUUGUCGUCCUUCCAGAGGUCGAAGAGCAAGGUGCCAACACUUUGACUGCUAACAUUGGAUGUAGCAUUUUCGACGACCUUGCCAACGAGGACUAUGUUGCUGAGUUUAACACCACUUACCUCGAUAGAGAAGCCGAGAGACUUAACGCAAAAUCUCCAGGUUAUAAUCUGACUGCUGAAAAUGUCAACACAUUGGUCAAGUUCUGUGCUUAUGAUUUGAAUGUGCAGGGACACUCCGAGAUUUGCAAGGUCUUGAGUCCUGAUGUUUUUGUUGGUUUCGCAUACCAAAGAGAUUUGGACCUGUAUUACAACAAGGGUCCUGGAUACAACUUGACCAAUGCUCUUGGUUCCCUUUUUGUGAAUGCUACUCUCGCCUUGCUUAACGAAGAGCAGGACGAGAACCUUUUCAUGAGUUUCACCCAUGAUACCGAUAUCACCGUCAUUGGGUCUGCUUUUGGAAUGUACGACGACACUGAGGAUCUACCAAUCGACAGAAUCGACUUCAAGCGUGGCUUCAGAAUGAACGACCUUGUUCCAAUGGCAGGUCACAUCAUCAUUGAGAAGCUUUCCGAUGGAGAGGACGAAUAUGUCAGGCUCCUCAAUAACAAGGCUGUCUUCCCUCUGCCUUGGUGUCACACUGGUCCCGGUUACAGUUGCCCCUUGGAAGACUUCACCGACUAUUUGACUGAGAAGAUUGCAAAGAACGACUUUGUCGAUAUCUGUGACUUGCCUGAAGAGGAUCCACAGCAGAUCACCUUCUUCUGGGAUUGGGACAUCGAAGAGUACGAGACCAUUGAAUUGGAGCCAGAAUCCUCCACCACAAACAGUUCAAGCAAGGCCUAA